AUGUCUCCAAUCUCCCUCAGCCUCCCAUCAAUAUAUUCCAGCUCAGGAACCAAGAACCCCCCACCAACCGACUUCAUAAUCGGAACAUGGCACGUAACCCACUCCAGCCUCCCGCUAUGGAAAAACAAGCGCAACGUCAACAUAACCUACACACUCCUCCCCCCCUCCUCAACCGGAGUCCAAAAGAUCGACGACCUAGUCCAAUACCAAUCCAUCGACUCCGAGAAAAUAAAAUCCGUCCAUGGCAUCGACACCCCGACGCCAGGUGUUCCCGGCGCCUGGGACUGGCGCGGCAAAGGCUGGCUGGUGAUCGCGAGCUCGCACUGGGAGGUUCUCGGCUUCGGGCAUGGCGAUGAUGGGAACGAGUGGGUUGUUACGUAUUUUGCUAAGACGCUCUUCACGCCUGCGGGCGUUGAUAUUUACUCGAGGGAUAAGGGGGGGCUGGCGCAGACUACUGUUGAGCAGAUACUUGAUGCGCUUAAGGAGUUUGGGGUUGGGGUUCUUACGGACCUUGCUAAUGGUGUCUUUCGGAUUCCGCAGAAUUAG